AUGCUCUCUGUGAAAUUUCAACUGGAUUCCGCCCUACAAGAGGCCUUUAAAUCCUUUCGGGAGGCGAACACAUCUCUUCGCGCCCUUGUGGUCACGCUGGAUGACGAGGUAUUGCGGCUUCAUGACAAGGUUGAUGAGGCAACUGCCAACAUGGACGAUGAUCUUGCCAAAGUCAGAGAUAUUAUUACAGCAGAGAAGUUGGAGGCCGCCUUUAUUAUCGUAAAGCUCAGUGAAGGAGAGUUUGCCCAGGUAUUUUUAUGUUCAGAUAGCAUAAAACCAAGGGUAAAAAUGCUUUAUGCGUCAGGUGCGGCUCAUUUGUCAGACGCUUCCGGUUUAAUGCAUCUUGUAAAGGAGCACGUGAACAAUGUGGGGGAUAUCACAUUGUCUCUCUUCAAGAAGGAAACGUCUUCUGAUCGUAUGGAUCUCAUGACGGAAAAGGAAAAGCUCUACGCUACUAUUGAAAAGAUGGAACCCGCACCGAUGCAGGUGGCAAUGCCAGGCGUAGCAAUGCCAAUCACUGAAGAAGGGGUGAAGCUACUGAAGGAGCUGAACCGUGGUGCUCUAAAUGCACUAUCCUUUGUCGUUGACGCUGAAAAAAUUUUGGUGGACAAAGCGCUUGAAGCCUCAGAAGAUUCAUCAUCGUCAUUGUCAUCACUUCUAAGGGCUGUCAAAAGUCUUAUUCCAGAGAAUCACGCUCGUUUUGUUGUGCUUCGUUGUUCAGCAAAUGAAACUGCAAAAAUGCUAAUGGUGUACAUUUCUCCCCCAACAUGCAAACCACGAGUGAGGAUGACGUAUGCCGCCUCCAAGUCAUCCUUCAUUUUGCAGGCAGAGCAACAUGGAGUGACGUUUUUGCGGCGGUUGGAGGUGGGCAGUAUGAGUGAUUUGCAGGAUGCUGUGGAAGACGCACUUAACGCGGACUUGGGCGACAAUAGUGAGGAGCAGCCAAACCCACCAAAUCCCACGGCCUAG